AUGGGUUCAAGUUCCGGAAUAGGACUCUCGCCCACAACCAAUUAUAUUGGUUUAAACUUAGAUAGAAGUUUACACUUAAUUUCUCAAGUGAGAUUAUCAAUUUAUCUUAACCGUAUAUAAGUAUGAAUAGAAAUUUAGAUAUUAUGGGUUUAUGUUUAACCUUCAAAGUUAUUAAUAAUUAGAAUCCCAUAAAUUUCCAAAGAAUAAAAUAAUAUAUAAAGAAAUAAAAGGAAGAAAAAAGAGUAUUACGAAAGUAAUCACUCGGCUUUUUAGCUAAGUAAUAAAUCCAAGUAUAAACCAAUAUAAUUGGUUGUGGGUUAGAGUCCUAUUCCGGAACUCGAGCCCAUUUUUAAUUAAUCAAACGAAAUGAUAUAUUGUUAUAAUCAUUUUAAUUGUAAUCAUCAGAUUAAACUAAUAUCAAAUAAGUGAUUAGUAACUAUUGGUAUAAGUAUAAGCAACUAUAGUGA